AUUGUUGGCAUACAAAACAUUCCGGCAGAAGCGUUCACAGAGAACGGUUAAUACUUUGAGUGAAUAAUAAAAAAAAAUCCUAAAUAUUAUAAAAAUGACGACCAAUCAGUAUUUGACACUCAACAAUGGCUACAAAAUGCCUUUGAUUGGCCUUGGCACCUGGCAGGCAUCCGGAGAGGAGGUUGAAAAUGCCAUCGAUGCAGCUCUCGAGGCGGGUUACAGACAUAUCGAUACGGCUGCCAGAUAUGGCAAUGAGUCGGCUAUUGGUAAAGUGCUGAAACGUUGGUUGGACGCCGGCAAAGUGAAGCGUGAGGAGCUCUUCAUUGUGACCAAAUUGCCACCCACAGCCAACGCACCCAGUGACGUUCUUCCCGUUAUUACGAAAUCGCUGGCCGAUCUUCAGCUGGACUAUGUGGAUAUGUUUCUCAUUCACACGCCCUUCAGCGUGACCACCAAUACAGAUGGCAGCGUCACGAGAGACGCUCAAGGUCUGAUGGUCCCCGAUUUGAGCACCAAUCAUGGCGCUACCUGGGUGGAAAUGGAAAAGUUGGUAGCCAACGGCAAGGUUAAGUCCAUUGGCAUCUCUAACUUUGAUGAGGAACAGAUUGGUCGCUUGCUGAAGACAGCCAAGAUUCGUCCAGCCACCAACCAGAUCGAACAUCAUGUGUACCUACAACAACGUGAUCUGAUCAAUUAUUGCAAGGCGCAAGGCAUCGCUGUUACUGCUUACUCCCCACUGGGAUCCAGAGGCAUCGCCAAGUUCAAUGCCAGCUUUGGCAUGGUGCGUGAACUGCCCGAUUUGAUUGAAAUCCCUGAGGUCAAGGAGAUUGCCGCUGCCCAUGGCAAGUCACCAGCUCAAGUGCUUCUCCGUUGGAUCGUUGAUACUGGCAACAUUGCAAUUCCCAAGAGCACAAAUGCGGCACGUUUGAGGGAGAACCUCAAUAUAUUUGACUUCAAACUGACUGAGGCAGAAGUGGCCAAACUUUUGGCUCUGGAUCAAAACUUACGUGUCUGUGAUUUCACUUUAUUCCAUGGCUGCGAGGUGCAUCCCGAGUUCAGAUUUAAGAACAUUUACAACAAAUAAGUUAUUAUAUAUAUUAAAAUAAAGAAGAACAACAUUUAUUUCAACUGUUUUUUGUUGCCUCCGAGGGAUGAAGAAAGUGGGUAAUAAUUUUCAGUACAACAGGUUUUCCUACGCUCUUUUCCUCGUCUCGUUUCAGCGGAGCGUCAACAACAUUUUCGGGUUUUUCUUUUUCGAUUACUUCUUCGUUUAUCACAUCGGUUAAUUGUCUGUAAAUAGAACUUUCCUAUUAACUGGGUUCAAUAAGAAAAGCAUCUUUUGUUAGUAUGUAAAUGACGUUUAUUCGCAACGGAACAUGAACUUUUAACUUAAGCUUAAACAAAUCACAUUUGUAGCGAGCACAAAAUAAGGUACUGUUCUUGCGGAGUCAAGCUUUAAAAUACAAAUUCUUUUCUUUUUCGAGUUAUGUACAAUAUAGAGGAAAUAAAAUGAGUGGUAAAUACUACAACUAGAAAGCUAUCUUCGGCAGAUCGAAGCGCGCAUACCCUUGAAAAGCAUUUGCUUAAAGCCUUUACAAUUAAACAGCUUUUCAAUUAAGCUCACAACAAACUACUUUAAAGCUUUUCAAGAGUAUCGAGUCUUAUACUUAAUUAGUUAGUACGUUAGAUUGUUGUUUAAUUUUAAUACAGAGAUUACAAGACGGAAUCGUAUUUUCUUUUUUUUUUUGCAAUACUUUUUAAA